AUGGCGGCCUUGACUCCAUCUCUCUAUUAUCGUCCACAGUCCUUCUCGUCUUCGCUCUUGUCUCCGUUAUCGCAUCACAGUCCUUUGGCACGCUCUGCACGCUCCUUGUCUGCUGCUCGUUGCUCCCCCGCACGUCUCCUGCAUCGGCAUUUGCACGUCCAAUCGCUCGAGCCGCUCUCCCAAUCCCCCACCAUCGUUUACAAGUCCACCAGGAAACUUUUCAAGCUGGCUCCCUCCGGCUCACGUCCAUAUUCCCAAGCUACGGGUCGACUGAGUUUGAUCUCACGACACCUGGAACAACAUCAGCAGACUUCUUACCCUCGCAUCAACACUCCCUAUACAAUUGAGCUGGACUCGUUGUCGGCUUCCACAGACGACAUUCCCUACGUGCCUCCAGCGGCCCCUGCACAUCUCACCAGAACGCCCUCUCAAAUUCAGAAACGUCAACUAUCCACCUCAUCCGCCGCCAAAAUGUCCUCGCAGCCUCCUCAUCCCUCCCUCCUCAUCCCGGGGCCAAUCGAGAUCACUGAUGAAGUCUCUCAGGCCAUGAGCCACUAUGCGCAAUCCCACGUUGGACAACCAUUCGUGAACACCUUCGGUGAAACGCUUACGCUGUUGAGAGAUCUAUUCCAAACCACCAACCCGGCAUCUCAGCCAUUUGUUCUGGCUGGAAGUGGCACAUUGGGCUGGGACCUCGUGGCAGCCAACCUGGUCGAGCCUGGUGAAGAUGUCUUGGUAUUGCACAGUGGCUAUUUCGCAGACUCUUUUGCGGACUGCCUGGCAACCUACGGCGCAAAGCCUACGCAGCUGAAAGCUCCCAUUGGGGACAGGCCACAACUGCCCGAGAUCGAGGCAGCACUAAAAGAGAAGAAAUACAAGGCGCUGACAGUCACACAUGUCGAUACCUCUACCGGAGUGCUCUCUCAGAUCCAACCUCUUUCGGACCUCAUCCGGCGCGUGUCUCCCGAGACGCUCCUAAUCGUCGAUGGUGUCUGCUCCGUUGGAGGAGAGGAGAUUCAUUUUGACAAGAUGAGCAUUGAUGUGUGCUUGACAGCCUCUCAGAAGGCCAUCGGUUGCCCUCCCGGCCUGUCGAUAGUGAUGGUGUCGGAGAAGGCCAUGAACGUCUUCAAAUCGCGCAAAUCCAAUCCCGGAAGCUACUAUGCUAGCUUCAAAAACUGGACACCAAUCAUGCAGAACUACGAGGCCAAGAAACCCUCGUACUUUGCAACUCCGCCCACGCAAUUAGUCCAGGCGCUGAACACGUCCCUCAAGCAGAUCCUCUCCCAGCCUCUCGACGCCCGCUUCGCUCAACACCGCAAGGUGAGCGAAUACGUCAAGUCGAAAGUCACAAGCCUGGGUCUCAAGCAGCUGGCCACAGACCCAGCCAAUGCGGCCAACACCAUGACGGCAAUAUAUUUACCCGAGGGGCUGACUCCUCCGGAGAUUCUUCCCAAGCUGAUGUCCCGGGGAGUUGUCUUUGCCGGUGGCCUUCACCGGGAGAUCGCGGCGAGAUACAUUCGUUUCGGCCACAUGGGUAUCUCAAGCAUGGAUGAGUCUAGAGGAGAGAUCGACAAGGCGCUCGAGGCGUUGAAGGAGGGUUUGGCAGAAGUGGAGAGUGCUAAGAGCAAGUAA